AUGGGAAAUGAAACCGGCGAGGACUCGAGCGAUGAUGAGCUAGAGACGUUGCUUGGUAGGAGUUGCAAUAGAACUGUGGAGCAGACAAUUACGCGAAAGAGCUUACCACAGCAAAGGGAUCUUUUGGGGCGAGUUCUUCCAAACCAAAAACCAUAUUAUGAAGAAAUCCAUACCAAGGUUAGUUUUGGACCCACUCACCACGACCUGAACACCGGCAAUUUAGGCACUUAUAUCUACCCUACAAAUUACGAGGUCCGUGAGUAUCAGUUCCAGAUCGUCAAAAAAGCACUGUACGAAAACCUUAUAUGCGCUAUCCCUACAGGUACUGGUAAGACCUUUAUAGCCAGCACAGUAAUGCUGAACUUUUACAGAUGGACGAAGAAUGCGAAGAUCAUCUUCACAGCCCCGACACGACCGCUAGUUGCACAACAAAUCAAGGCGUGUCUGGGGGUCACGGGAAUUCCACACGAUGAUACGGCAAUCCUUCUAGACAAGUCUCGGAAAAACAGAGGUGAUAUUUGGUCCUCCAAAAGGGUCUUUUUCACUACGCCCCAGGUUGUUGAAAAUGAUCUAAAGAGAGGCGUUUUGAAUCCUAAAGAUGUCGCCUGUCUGGUUAUAGACGAAGCGCAUAGGGCUAGGGGGGCUUACUCUUAUGUUGAACUCAGCAAAUUUAUGGAUCGGUUCAACACAUCUUAUAGAAUUCUCGCUCUUACAGCGACUCCAGCGACUGACCUUGAAGGUGUUCAGGAAGUGGUAAACAAUCUGAAUAUUUCGCGCAUCGAGCUCCGAACUGAGGAGGAUGCAGACGUUGCAAGGUACAUGAAGGUGCGCGACAAAGAACAAGUUGAAGUGGGCUUGCUGCCCGAGAUUGAAGAUAUAAUAGAACAGUUGGGAAUAGCUGUUACGCCUGUUCUUAAGGAGGCUGUGGAACUUGGGAUAUAUGAUGACUGCCCUCCGUCACAGAUAAAUGCGUUCGUUGCCCUUCAAAAGAGUCAAAAGAUAAUUGCUAACCCUACAAUACCUGAAGGCGUAAAAUGGAAAAACUUCUUUAUUCUACAGCUUUUGGGCAAUGUCGGGCAUAUGCUCAGAAGAUUGAAAAUAUACGGGAUACGAUGUUUCUACACCUAUUUUGAAAACAAAUACAAAGAAUUUACCACGAAAUAUGGAAUGGGGAAAUCUACAAAUAAAACGGCAGCUUCAUUCUUCUACAGUCCGAUUUUGAAGAGAAUGAUGGAAAGCUGUCAAAAGCUUUUGCAAGAUCCUGGUUUUUUGGGGCAUGAGAAACUGCACCGCGCCAGGGAAGAGCUUAUUGAGUUUUUUCAAGACUGUCAACCUACUUCUCGAGUUAUCAUUUUCACAGAGCUUCGGGAAUCUGCUUUAGAAAUUGUGAAGUGCAUCGACAUGCUGGGCACAAGCACUUUACGCCCUCACAUAUUUAUCGGGCAGGCCCGAGGUAAAGAGGGGUUUGAUGAUGGAGAAUACGCUAUGAAACAUAAGCCGAAAGGAAGAAAAAAGGCAGACAGACUAAAGCGUUUGGAGCAAGAGCAACUUCUUGAAGAGGAAAAGAAGAAGGAAAAAGAGCGCAAGCGACUUGAUAGGGCCGCAAGCAGAACCGGUACAUCUGAGGAGGCACAAGUUUCUGGAAUGAACCAAAAGCAACAGAAAGAGGUCCUUCGUAAGUUCAAGGAUGGUACUUACAACAUACUUGUUUGCACAUCCAUUGGUGAAGAAGGCUUGGACAUCGGCGAAGUUGAUCUCAUAAUAUGUUAUGAUGCAACGAGCAGCCCUAUAAAGAAUAUACAACGAAUGGGCCGUACGGGCAGAAAGAGGGAUGGUAAGAUUGUACUAUUACUUAGCGGGAACGAAAGUAAGAAGUUUGCUCAGGCCAUGGAAGAUUACUCAGAGCUGCAAAGAAUAGUGAGCCGCGACACUCUUGAGUAUCGGCAGUCAGACAGAAUUAUCCCCAAAGAAAUUGAACCCGUUUGCGAGAAGAAGUUCAUCAUGAUAGGCGAGGAGGGUGAUGAGCUUAAUAAUAUUGAUGACUCUGAUGACGUUAUUCGAUUUGCUACUCAGGCCAUGCUUGGAAAGCUCAAGUCGAAAAAGGACAAAAAACCGAAGAAAGGGAAAGCUGGCAAAAGAGAGAAGCAGGCAGGCAAGACUUUUUUUAUGCCUGAUAACGUCGAUGCAGGUAUUGUCUCUGCUAGCACUAUGGUUAACAAAUUCUCAAUCGACUCAGCAGGGAACAAAGUUGAAGUCUUGAAGAAGGAGCCGCAAACUGAUUUAAGGUUUCCGGUGCUUGAUGAUAUAGCUCUUGACUCAUCUGAAUCUUCCCCUGUCAAAUCAGAAGUUGGUUUAUCAAGCCAACAGCUUUCUUCAAUGCAAGUGAGCUCUCUUUUAACUCGCUAUAAAAAUACUGCAGACACCGAUAUUACCUCAGGUUUCCCAGAAUCUCCUCCUUCUUUGCAGAAGAGACCUCUUGAGUCUACGACACCGGCUAGUUCAUCUGAUGAGGGCCUUCCUCCCGUUAAGGCUGCUAAAACACGCCUGCCAUCAUUCUCUGAUGAAGGGGCAUAUGACUCUCAGAUUCCGCUAACUGCCAAAAGUCAGGAAAGUGCAGUUGAUGCCGAAGAGCGCGUGCAUAAAAACAGAUUUAACAAGCUGGACGGACUUCUAAGUUCACAAGAAAGAAGAUAUUUUGAGGAAAAUUACUCGGCGCUGUGCGGGGUCUGUAUAGAGCCCACUCCCCACUUUCAUGAGCACACUAGGAUUGGUCUGGUGCCGCAUUCAGACAAAGCGGAUCGCCUUAUUAGAACCUUCCAAAAUAUGAACGCAAACACAAAAGACAGUAUAGCUGACAUGAGCAGGCAUAAAGCAUACGCUUCCAGACUUGAACAGGCAGCUGGCAAAGACAUUAGGGAGACUACAUCUCUAGGUUCACCUUCGAUCAUUGUACAAGAUGAUGAGAUACAACAUGUUAUCGAAAAACCCCGGGAUUCCAGCGACGUGCCUAAAGUUUCGCAAAAUCGAUAUCCCGGGGCAGAUGCUGACCUCGCCGAUCUGCUGGAUUCAGAUUUCUCUGACAUAUAG